AGUCUUUUCUGCAGCAACCUCAGUUUGCAAAUAAACAGUUUUCUGAUAGUUUGCAGUGGAGCUAGGAUUUAGUAAAAGUAUAGAAAUGCCAUAUUCUGUACCUGCAAGUGGGGUUAAAUAAAUAGGUUACAUUAUAAUAAACGUUUGAUAUAAUAAUAGUUGAUAGGAGUGGAGCAGAAAGAUUUUGGGUCGCAUUUAUGGCGGAGAAUCCAAACUCUAGACCUAUAAUAACCACCGAGAGCAGCCCUUACCUGGAAUGCGGGAACUCAAGCACAGGAACCCCGUGGUACGACAAAGAGUCCGUGCUGAACCUGUCUAAAUACCUCAUCUUUGUCGAAGUUAUCUUGGGCCUGAUGGUAUGGGCACUGAUUGCAAGCACAGAGUAUUUCCGAUUUUCUCCAUUUGGAUGGGUGAUGUUUGUGACUGUCUUCUACUGGCUUCUCACCCUCUUCCUUCUCAUCAUCAAACUGGCCAGAGGACAAGUCCGACACAUUCCCUGGACGACGGUGGUUCUCAUUUUUAACUGCACUGCUGCUUUAUUGUACACAUCUGCUGCUGUUGUUGAGGCAACAUUGGUGAAUCAGGGGGUCAAGGGUCAUCAUGAUUUCAACUGUUGGGCAGCAUCGACGUUUUUUGCAUUCCUAGUAUCUCUGAGUUACGCUGGUAGUGCGUUCUUCAGUUACAAAUCCUGGCACAGAGGAGAUGAAUAAAAUGGACUGGAUUGUAGUUCUUAAUCAAAUGUUAAAAUUAUGAGGCACCCUUACAUUGUUCAGGUAUGGACUAAACUUGAAAAAAUUUAAUACUGAUGAUUGUCUUUCAUAUUAAAAAUGAAGAUAUUAAGAAAUUUGCUCUUUAUGCCUAUGUAUUUACCACCAUUCCACACAUACACAUAUUUGUCUAAUGUACAAAGGAUAUUUGGAUAUAUUUCUCAUAUUUAAUAUGGACUUUACUGAAUGGAGUUUUAUCAUAAUGCUCAUUAACUGGUUGUGAGUGAAUAGACAUUUUUCACAUGUGUGUUUUUAAUGUGCAGUUUAAUGUUGGUUCAUAUUUGCAUAAUCUAAAAGUAUGCUGAAAAACAUGAUGUUUGGAUUUCCUAUGAUUUAUGGAAGCCUUGUUAUAUUUCACAAAGCAUAAGUGCAAAUCAUUGUCAAAUUAAAGCUGUGAUUAUAUUUGUCCUUUGAAA